CAAGAAUAAAAUGCAUAUACAGAAGAUGAAUCUGGAGGAGUGAAGUUACUGCCGGACAAGCUGCGUUGGCUCUUUAUCAGCUAUUGGCCGCGUUCAGAUGAUCUUUGGACUCCCAGAUUGAGCAAUGUGGCAAGAGACUGGCAGCUCUAAAACAUCAGUCGAGGACAAAGGCAGGACAGAGGAAAAGACUCAGACUGAAGAGAGAGUGUGAGGAGGGGAAAAGCAGCAUCUCAAACACGUUAAACCUCUUUCAAAGCUCUUGGAGGGAAAAUGGGGAUCAGAACUUUUCUUUCCAAGGUUUCGGGAAGGAGGAGUGUGAUGGAUCUGGGAGGACAGGAGGGGUAAAGGACAGGGGUCUGCUCAAGAGUAAUGGUGGUGACAGCCAGGGCAAAGGGACAAGCAUUCAUGUGAGACACGGAGGAAUAAACGACAAAGGAAGAGGAAUUGAGGCUUUCAGGCAGGCGCCAAACUGGCCGUCAGAAUGGGUGUGAAGAGAAAGGCGGCUGCUGCUAUCUUGGUCUUGCUGCUGCUGCUGGGCACCCUGUGGCUGCAGGGAGGUUUGGAUUACCCCUGGGAUUCGUGCAUAAAAGGCUAUAAUCAGAUAAAUCAGAUCCAGCAGCAGCCUAACAGCAGUGAGGCAGACGCGUCUGAGCUUCCUCCCGUCCCCACGAGGUGCCCCGGCCAGACCUUCCAGGUGUCGGUGCUGCUCUCCCACCUGCUCGCCGCUUCCACCCCCCCAUCUGAUGUGGUGCUGCAGCCCUAUUUGUCCAGCUGGGACGAGCUUGUGAAGUUCAUGGAAGCUCUAGGCCCAAUGGUGGGGCUCAUAUCCUCGGAAAUAAAAUCUAAGACCUCUAUAAUCCGCCAACUGGCCCUGUUGUCUGACAAGAAUCCCGAAGCAGAAGUUGGCGCCGACGAACUCUCAGUAAACUCUCUCAACACACAGACUGGGGAUAAGAGGGAUUCUGGGGCUUCACAGCAAACCGGCGCGUACCACUCGCUGCGCUCUAUGAUCAGGGUGGAAGUGAGCCGAGGCCUGGUGGACUUCAAGCGCCAGACGGAGUCUGGGUGCCGGACUAUCCUGCGGCUGCACCGGGCGCUGCUCUGGCUGAAGCUCUUCCUGCAGAAGCUGGCCGAGAUUCCUCCGGGCGGCCGCUUCAGGAGCCCCUCGGAGCUGUGCCGCGAGGCCUACCAGAACACCCUUGCCGUGCACCACACCUGGUUCGUCCGCAGGGCCGCCGAGAUGGCCUUCAUCGCCAUGCCGGAGCGGAGCUUCUUCUUCAGGCUGGUGUGUGCGCAGAACCAGGAGGUGCUGAGCAUCCUGCUGAACAGAGUGGUCAAGGCCAUCGGGGUGGUGUAUGACAGAACUCAGGAAGUCCUGGAAGAAAACGGCAUGCUGGACCUGCCAUAGCGGACGUGACGCUGCAUAUGCCACAUCUGGAGCCACCACGUCUCGCCACAAAUGAGUUUCAAAUCUACCAAGGGUAGACACCAAACACGAAGUGACCAAGUUUCCAAACAAACAUAUUUUUUUCAAGCGUCUACUAUCCAAAGUGCUGCGUCACCAAUGACUAAGACUAGGAGUCAGUUUUAUCCUGACAUUCCUUCAGCCUCUCCUCUCCUUAGAGGUUGUUAAAGCAGCUGAUAAUAUAUUUAAAAUGUUGAUUAUGUAAGCCUGCAGUGACGACUGCAUGCACCUGUACUGUGACCCAUGAUGCAGGGGCGGCAGCGAUAUGCUGCAACAGAUGUGUCCGCUAAUGCCUCACUGUGAUUAAUAAUAUUUUGCCUUCCAGAUUUAAAAAAUUAGCUGCUUGUUUAAAAGCAGUUCAUGCUCUAUGAUUUAGCAUGCUACCUCCAGAGGCCUUAAAACGACCACAGGACCAAUCAAUCCUGGUUAAAGAAGCAUUACACAAUAACCUACGUGUUCUGAACAAAGGACGAUAUGGUGCUGACCACCAACUGUAAUGUGGAGUCUUCAUUUGUCGGUCUUAACUAUUUUUUAAAGGUUUUGUAUCAUGUUCAAAAUGAUUAAAUAUUUGCUUGGAUAUAAACAAGAAAGAUCCAGA